AUGGAGCCGGUGGAGACCUGGACCCCCGGGAAGGUGGCAGCCUGGCUGAGAGGCCUUGAUGACUCCUUGCAGGACUAUCCCUUUGAGGAUUGGGAGCUUCCUGGCAAGUACCUGCUCCAGCUCUGCCCCCGCAGCCUUGAGGCUCUGACCGUGUGGCCCCUGGGCCACCAGGAGCUCAUCCUGGACGGGGUGGAACAGCUCCGGGCUCUGAGCUCUGGACUGCAGACAGAGAACCUGCAGAGCCUGACAGAGGUGCUGCUGGAGAGGACCUAUACCUUCCAGAGCUUAGUCCAAGGCCGUCUGGGGGACUGUGCCGAGACCCCCGUCGAUGUCCUCAGUGCAGCUGUGGAAAUGGUGCAUGAGGCCCAUGCCCUCCUCUGCUGGCUCAACAGGUACCUCUUCUCCCACUUACAUGACUUCUCAGCCUGCCAGGAGAUCGGGGAGUUGUGCAGGGAGCUGGGCCAGGCCUUGCAGGAGGACUGUCCAGUGGCCGAGAAGGAGAGCAAAAUCCUAAGGAUCGGCAGUCAUGUGGCUGGGAUCUGCCACAACAUCCUGAGCUGCAGCCCGGAGGAGCUGCUGGAGCAGAGGGCCGUGCUAGAGCAGGUGCAGCUGGACGACCCUUUGGGCCUGGAAAUCCACACCACCAGCAACUGCUUGCAUUUCGUGUCCCGAGUGGGCACUCAGGUCCCCACCAACUCCCGACUGUGGAUCCUGCCUGGAGACGAGGUUGUCCAGAUCAACGAGCAGGUGGUGGUGAGUGGGGAGGAAAAAGACAGGGUGGGCUGGCCCCAUAAGAACGUGGUGAGGGAGCUGCUGAGGGGUCCAGCUGGUGUCAGCUUAGUGCUGAAGAAGGUCCCAGUGCCGGACACCCCCCCACAGACACCCCCUCGGGCCCUGGCCUCCCCACACCUGAGGAGCCAGUCGCUGUCUCUGGCCCCACUGUCUCCCAGAGCUUCAUCCAAAGACGUCUUUGCCUUCGACCUGACUUCAAACCCAAGUCCUGAGCCCAGCCUUACCUGGACAGACUCUAUCUCCUGUGACACCGAGUCCCUGCCCGUCCCCCCUGCACCCCCAGCCACACUCCCAGCAGGAGUAGCAGAGGAUCUGGGGUCCCCAGGACGCCCUGACAAGAGUCCUGUCUUUGAUCAGAAGAAAUCAAAAGGCGUGGCGACACGGCUGAGCCGCCGGCAGGUGUCGUGCCGGGAGCUGGGCCGGCCGGACUGCAGUGGCUGGCUCCUGCUGCGCAAGUCCCCUGGUGGCUUCAUGGGCCCACGCUGGCGCCGCUGCUGGUUUGUGCUCAAAGGACACACGCUGUACUGGUACUGCCAGCCCCAGGAUGAGAAGGCCGAGGGCCUCAUCAAUGUCUCCAACUAUAGUCUGGAAAGUGGACAUGAUCAGAAGAAAAAAUACGUGUUCCAGCUCACCCAUGAGGUGUACAAGCCCUUCAUCUUCGCCGCUGAUUCCCUGACAGAUCUGAGCAUGUGGGUGCGCCAUCUCAUUACCUGCAUUUCCAAGUACCAGUCCCCAGGCCGGGCCCCCCCACCCCGAGAGGAAGACUGCUACAGCGAGACGGAAGCAGAAGACCCUGACGAUGAGGCUGGGUCCCGCUCUGCCUCGCCCAGCCCAGCUCAAGCUUCGAGUCCGCUCCAUGGAGACACAUCACCUGCAGCCACCCCCACGCAGCGCAGCCCACGGACCUCCUUCGGCUCUCUCACGGAUAGUGGCGAAGGGGCACUGGAAGGAAUGGUCCAAGGGCUGAGGCAGGGNGGCGUGUCCCUCCUGGGCCAGCCACAACCCCUGACCCACGAACAGUGGCGGAACUCCUUCAUGCGGCGCAACCGAGACCCCCAGCUCAAUGAGCGGGUGCACCGUGUGCGGGCACUACAGAGCACACUCAAGGCAAAGCUGCAGGAGCUUCAGGCCCUGGAGGAGGUGCUAGGCGACUCCGAGCUGACUGGAGAGAAAUUCCGCAGGUGGAAGGAGCGGAACCAGGAGCUGUACUCAGAGGGCCUGGGGGCCUGGGGCGUGGUGCAGGCUGAGGGCAGCUCCCAAGUCCUGACCUCAGACUCCAGAGAACAGUCCUCCCACUUCCUGCCCUCUGACCCUGCGGAGCACUCCCAUCUCUGCCCCCUCACCCCAGAGAGCAACCUCUGACCUCCUAACCUCUGACCCUGGCCAGUACCCUAGCUCUGGCUCUGGCCCUAGGACCACCUCAAGCCCAGCCUCUGACAUGUCUAGGACAUCACAUGCCUGGCUUCUGUCUGGGUUGAAAGUAGUGCUAGCUCAUGGUUUCACCUCAAGCUGAGCCCUCUGCUUCCACCAUUUCUGCUCCUGUCCCCUCUGGAGUGGGGUAAAGUGAUAUGAGCCUAGUGCCACCCUCUCCUCCCUUCCUGAAGAAGAAAUUCUCCCACCUCACCCUCAGAUCUGCAGUGGCACAGCCCUGCCCACCUCAGUCCCUCUGCAGUUUUCCCUUCCGCCAAUCAGGUCUGUACAGGUGUCCUUCAUUUUACAUGAGAAAUACUUCUCAACCAAAUAAAAUCCAUUUCUCUAAAAUGAA